GUCAUUGUUAUUACAUCAGUUUUUAUAAAAAUCUGUUAUAUCUCACGGAGCGAAAAUUAGGGAAAUUUAUAAUAAUGGAGAUGAAAAAAUUUAUGUCACACUUUUCCUCAGAAGUAGAUUUUAACGCUUUUGAUAUCUAUGAAAUAGUUGAAAUAAUGCAAACAUCAUUAAAAUUAUCUUGUACAUAUAAAGAUUUAAUAGAUAAAAUAUUAAUUACAAUUAAAAAAAGUCAAUUUAAAUUAUCUGAUUUUUCUUGCCUAAAAUUUAGUGUUGUACUUCAUAAUAAUAUCAAUCUUGAUUGUGAAUUUGACAUAGAACUACCUUCAUUAAUAAAUAAAGCACAAGUUUUGUGUAUAUGCCCAUAUCAUCCAGAUCAUAAAAAACAUAAGUUUAAGGAAUUUUACACUCGCGAAGAAACACCACAGAUGUUUUAUAUUGAAGUAGGUAAUUACCUAAGAACUCAUAAUAAGCCUAAGUAUUGGAUAUGUAAUAUAUUGAAUGGGAAUGCUACAAAUGAAAAGAUAGUUUACACAACAGAUAAUCUAAUUCCUCAAAAAUUUGGAUUUGUCUUGCUUCAAGAUAUUAAAUGGGAUGGGAUAUCUGAUAAAUUUAGAUUCAUUGCAAUUGUCAAGGAUCGUAAUCUAAAAUCUCUUAGAGAUUUAAGGAAAUCCCAUUUACCACUUCUUGAAAAUUUAAAAAAUUGCUUCAAUAUUAUAUCAUCAAUGCUGCACAUGCCCAAAUUCAAAAUAAUAGCAUAUUUUAGAUAUCCGCCAAAAUUUCUACACCUGCAUUUAUUAAUUGAUUCUUAUGCUCAUCACUUUCAAGGACAUUCAUAUUAUUUAUCUGAAGUUAUACAAAAUAUUAAUCUAAAAAGUGAUUAUUAUGCAAAUAAAACAUUUACCCUUCAUUUAAGAAAAUCCGAUUCAAAUCUAAAAUCAUAUAAUCAAAGACCUAACAAAUAAAUCUUAUCUUAAUAUCAAUUUAAAAAAAAAUAAUUGUUGAAUUUUUACAUUUAUCACUAUGAAUAACAGUGAUGUAAUAUUGCAUGUUAGUAUUAUUAUUUAAAGUAAUUAGCUCAGAAUUAAAAGUAUCUAUAUUAAAAAUUCCAAUAACAUAA